GAACUGCAUAUUUCCAUAGAGACUAGCCAUUUUAUGUAAUAUGUAGAGUUUAUCAGUCAAGAUCGGCACAGAAUAAUGUCCAAUUCUUGCAUCGGACGUUAAAAUCUUUUCAUUUAGGUCUAUUCUAUCGGAUGCAUACAUAUCUCAUGAUAUACACUUAAUCUAUACGGUCAACUGCUGAAUAAAAAUGAGUACGACGGACAGAACACAAAGUCAAAGUGGAUUAAGUAUUUUUCGCCAAUUAACUGCUGGGUCAUCAGAGCCACUGGGCACAAGCCAUAGCUCUGAAAUCGCCAAACCUACAAUUGAAGCUCUUAGGUAUCUUGAGGAUAUAGUGCCAGAAGAGGACUUCAAGUAUGUGAUGUUUGAUGACAACCUUGUCACUGUGUCCGACACUGGCAAGGAGCUGGGAGAAUUUACUGUCACUGUUGAGCCCACGCGCUACAAGGGACUGGAGUGUUUUCUUAUCCACGCCAACAGUCACGGUAGUAUAGACGGAGUUCCGUGUGGGACGUCUAUAGUUUGUCAUGUGUCCAAGUGUUUGGAAACUUUAGAACAGCAGCACCAUGAGUAUGUAAAGUUGGACAAUUGUCCAUUAGACAGAAAAACUUUUCUUGUGCGACAGAGUGAUAGCUAUACUAUGAAUAGAAUCAUUGCACAAGGGGAGGAUGUUCAGCGCUCAACAAAAUCUAUUCCAGUAGAACACAUGCGAGGUUUUAUAUCUGAAGGUUCUAACCUGCUCCUACAUCGACUGCUCAUUGAGAAAUCUAUGGAAUAUGAUUUACAAUUCAUUUCUUUUGACUCUGAAACAAACUUGUGUCCUGUAAUAUAUAAAAGGUUGGAUGAAAGAACACAGACAGUGGAAGAUGUUGAGCUGAGAGUGUAUGGGAUAGAGAGAACAAUCCACUCUAUGGUUGAUCUACCCACUACAUGGCAGUCCUACUUUAUGAAAGAUGGCCAUCUAACAAAUCGGGUUCAAAUAGGAUCACCAGUAACAAUGAAAUUAGCUAAAGUCCCGUUAAGAAUUGAAAGAGAUGAAGAAACACCAAAGCCAGUGUUUGAGAAAAAAGAGCUCAACUGGGAGGAAGACAUGCAGCUUCACUCCAGGUUUCUAGACAGGAAGGAAGAGCUCAAGGGUGACCACGCCACUUACAUGCGCCACCACCCAGAACUUCGGGCGCUACUUGCAGACUUCCUACAGUUCCUGCUCCUACGUAAACCUGAUGACAUCCUAGCCUUUGCUGCCAAUUAUUUUGCUGCUUUCUCAACUUCCAUGCCUGACCCAUCCCCAUACCUGGCUUCCAACGCACCUGUACCUUUCCCAGACAGCCACACCAAUGCAAAGAUUGAAGAGCUGAGAACUCCCAUGAGAUAAAUUUUCCAUUUUCAUUGUUAUCUCCCCUUAACUUAACAGUUUAAAAAAAAUUCCAAAAUUGUUUGAUGGUUUCCCUUGUUGACUGCUAGACAAACAUCUUCCUAUAAAUAUGGAACUAGACUUAAGAAUGCAGUUUAAGUAUUUUAUACUAUUUGUGAUUAUAUAAUAAAUAUUUAAGAAGCUUAUCAUAAAAAAAGUUAAUUAUCUGUUUACAACAAAUCAAUGCAUUGACUAACAGGUGAUACAAUAUGGUACACCAGCAUAAUAAAUUGUAGAUGUGUUGUAUAUGAGUUGUGAUGGAUGUAGAAACAUAUACAGCUAUCUGUGAUGACUUGAAGACAAUUGAAUGGCUGUUUCUCAUCCCAUUUUAUCUGUAUAAAAAAUGUAUUUAUAUAUGCAACCCUUUAUCUUAACCUCUUUUAACCUCAUAAUAUUAAGCACACACAUUAUAAUUUAGGAGCUAUUUAAUUUAUAUAUUCAUUGUAAACUUUUGUUUACUUACUCUUAUCAGUAUGGUUGUAAAUUUGUCUAUGCAUAUUCUAUAGUUGGAAUAUUUGAACAUGAAUUUCAAACCUUUUGUAAUGAUAUUAUUGCAUCAAGUACUAAUUAUGAAAAAUGACAUUUUAAAAAAGUAAGGCUUACCAGUGGAUUGGUAAUAUUACUGUUUUUACACAGGCAAGAGCUCGUAAUUUUAUAAAGUAAUUCUUAAUGUGUCGAUCAUAAUUUUAAAAAGUAAUUCUUAAUGGGUCAAUCAUAAUUUUAAAAAGUAAUUCUUAAUGUGUCAAUCAUAAUUUUAAAAGUUGGUCUUUUUGACCAGGAUAGUUUUAUAUUUUAUACCAGCUUAAUAGAGAGCAGUGAUAGUUAUGGGCUGUGCCUUUGCCGUCCAGUUAGUGGACUUUAAAAAAAAAACUAGGUUGUGAUUGUUGUGAAAGAAAAGUAUUUUUCUUAUAAAUUAUUUUAAUAGCAGUAUUUGAAAAACUGUUCCAUGACCUAUUUUAGAAUUUUUAAAUGUUAAAUUACUUCCCCUGAAUGUUGUUGAUUUUUGUUCCCCCCUAACAUUAUGCAGGCUUAUUUGUUAAAUACCUAACAUUCGAUUGGUUGGGGUACAGAAGGGGAUGCCACAUUGGGUUAAAAGAUUAACCUUGACAUUGGUAAGGGUAAAGUGUAGGGGAGGGGGUCAACAUUAGGUUAAAAG